AUGUGCACACAGCUAAACAUCCAUAGAAAACUCCAGGAUGUGCACACAGCUGAACAUCCAUGGGAACAGGUCGCAUCUCCAGGGUUCCCCCAGAACUUCCCAUACAGCCACGCUGCACGACCACCACACCAGCGAAGUCAAUCGCCGAUGCUCACAUUCACAACUGCAACAUUAAGUUUAUAUGAGAGUCAGAAAAGUUUCGUCGUCAUAUGA